UCCCGUUUCUCCUCCAACACGAUUCAGAAUCUUUGAUGGGGACUGAAGAGACGUGUGGACGAAAAGUAGAGACAGGGAGGAUGAAGGGAGGAGGAGGAGGAGAAGAGGACGUGAAGCUUUCUCCUUCCUUCACCACCCUCAGCACCAUCGCCAUCCAGGCCGGCCAAUCACAGCUGGUCAUCUCUGUGCUCAGGAGCGGCUCUCUGUUCCACCUCCAGCUGGUCCAGGCUCAUCCGGGCCUCUGUGAGAUCGGAUGGAACCAGGAGGAGAAUCACAAACUGAUCCAGGAGCAGCAACAGCUGAUCCACAAACUCCAGAAACACAAGAGAGAAGCGCUGUCAUUGGUGAGAAGCAGCCGACAGACCCAGCAGAGGAGGGAGGAAGAGGAGCUGGAGCUGACGAAGGAGGAAGAGGAGCUGGAGCUGACGAAGGAGGAAGAGGAGAUGGAGCUAAAGGAGGCGAUGGAGGCGUCGCUGAGCGAGGGAUGGUCGCUGCUCCUUCACCUGCUCCACAGACGACAGGAAGUCCUGAUGAUGGCUUUGGACUUUCACCAGCGAGCACUGGAGCUUGACGUCAGUAUCAGUAAACUUGAGAAUCUUCAGGUGAGACCCGACGACGUCAGACUGACUGAACUUCGGUUCAGAUUCGACUCCAUGAGAAAAGAGGUUCUCCUGAAGUCUCUGCAGGUUUUAAACAGCAGCGAGGUUCUGCUGCACGGACUCCGACAGCUGCAGAGCACUGAGGCCCUCCAGAGGAGAGGGGCGGUGCUGCAGGACCGGCAGGGGGCCGGGGGGGCUGAGGAACAGAGUUCUCAGAGCAGCCAGGAGGUGGCGCUGAGGCUGGAGGAGCUGGUGGAGGAGCUGCAGGAUCGGAGGAGGAGGGCGGACCAGGCCGUCAGGCUGCAGCUGCAGGAGGCGGAGAAAAGCAUCACGGUCCAAAAGACAGAGUCUGGAUCUGAUGACUGGACUCUCAUCCUGGACCAGAACCUGGAGUCUGAAUCCACACCAGCAGAGGGCGCUCACCUGCAGUCACAUUCCAGUACAGAAGAAAGCAGAAAUCUGGAGCCUGAAUCCAGAUCAGACAUUCAGUCUGGAUCCAGGUCAGAUCCGAUGUCUGGAUUCAGAUCCGAGCCAACCACUGGACCUAGACUAGAAGAAAUCACAAACCUGCAGUCCAGAUUCAGAUCAAACCUGAGAACUGGAUCUAGAUCAGACAUGAAGUCAGAUUCCAAAUCAGCAGCGAUCAGAGAUCUGCAGCCUGAAUCCAGAUUAGUCCAAAUGAUUGGAAAGUUAGAAUCAGGAUUUAGAUCAGAGCUAACAUCUAGACCCAGAUUAGAGAGAGACACAGACCUGCAGACUGAAUCCAGUUCAGAGGAGACUUUGGAGCUCCACUUAGGAUCUAGAUCUGAAUCCAGGUCAGACCUGAGGCCUGGAUCCAGAUCAGACAAGACCAUGAACCUGCAGACUGGAUCUAGGUCAGACCUGCAGGCAAAUUCCAGAUCAGUGGAGACCAGAAACAUUGUGUCGUUAUCCACAUUAGAUGUAAAUCCAAGAUCCAGACUAGAUCUGAAGACUGAAUCCAGAUCAGAAACAAAAGACCUACUUAAUGUUGUGCUGAGAUCCAGACUAGAAAAGAUCUCAGAGUCUCGAUCCAUAUUAAUGGAUCAUAAAGACCCUCUAUCUGGUUCCAUAUCAAAUGAGGAGGCUGGAUCUGGAUCCAAUAUAAAACCUGAAUCAAGAUCAGAUCCGAAGCAUAGAAUCAAAUUAGACAUGAAGUGUGGAGCCCCAUCAGAACAAACCAGAGAUCUGAAAUCUGAAGCCAGAUCAGAUAUUCAAUCUGGAUCCAUUUCCAAUCUGCAGGCUGGAUUCAGGUCAGAGCCACAGUGCGCAUCAAGCCUGGAGGAAAUCAGAAACCAGCAGUCCAAAUUCAGAUUUAACACGGUAACAGGAUCUAGAUCAGACAUGAAGUCAGACUCCGAAUCAGAGCAGCCUGAAUCCAGAUUAGACCACAUGUUUGGGUCUGGAUCAGAGAAAGCAAGAGAUGUGGAUCCUGGAUUCAGGUCAGAGGAAUCACGAAAAUUUGAAUUAGGGUCUAGAUCUGAGCUGCACACAGAUUUCCCAUCAGAGGAGAACAGGGGCUACGAGUCAGGAUCCAGAUCGGACAAGAAUCCAAGAUUCAGAUUAAAACUGAAGGCUGAAUCAAGAUCAGGGGAGACCAGAGACCUGCAGCCUGGAUCCAGAUUAGAGAAGCCAGGACCUGGAUCAGACUUUGAAUUCAGCAGGAAGCAGAACGAGAAGAAACAGGAAACAAAGACCAAGAGUGGGCGGGUUCAGAGCGCGGUCGUAAAGGAGCAACACAGUGGAGAAGACCACACCCACCUAGUCCUACUGACCAAUCAGCAGCAAGAGGUGCUAUCGUCAUGUGAACACCUUCUGGACAAGGUGUGUAGCUGGGUGCAGCAGAGCAGCAGUGUGUUGUCUCGCAGCUCUGAAGCAGGACUGAACCUGACGGAGGCUGAAGAUGCUCUGAACACACACAAGCAGCUGCACACACAGGCUGAGUCAGUGUGUCAGGACGCAGAGAACCUGAAGCAGAUCCUGGACCAGGUCCGAGGGGCCGGUCCUGGACAGCUGACCCCGCUGAGGGCCCUCACAGAGCAGCUGAAGAGAGGGAGAGCAUCCAGAGCCGCUGGUCCACCGCGUCAGGACCUCACUGCUCGAGCCCACGUGGUCCUGACGCAGCUGCAGAGUCUGAACAGGACGAUCCAGAUCGACCUGCAGCUGCUGCAGGACCACGUCUCGUUCCUCAGAGCAGCUCAGCAGCUGCAGGAGGAGAUCGAGGAAGUGAGGGAGGUCUACAGGAGCAGAGGAGAGGAGAGGUCAACACCACAGAAGAAGAAGCUGGACGCUCGCUGGGAGGAAACGCUGACGCGGCUCCUCGCGGCGCAGGAAGUGGGAACCAGCUGCGUCCAGAUUCUCACCAUGGCGUCAGACUCGGGGUUGGACCUGCGCUCUGUGGCGUCCGUGGUCCAGCGGACCAUCAAGCAGCUCAACAGAACCAAACAGGAAGUGAAUGAGCUGCGCAGUCGCCAUCACGUCCAGAUCCAUCAGCAGGAAGAGGAAGUGACAUCACGCAGGAAGUACAGAGAGAGACUGUUAAAGACGCUGCAGGACUUGAGGAGCGUCUCUGAGCUGCUGGACUCGUGCACUAACGUGGAUCUGGGUUCCCACCUGCAGACCUCCACCCUGACGGAGCGCUUCAUUCAGGCCACGCCUCUUUUCACUCAACUGGACGCAGAGGUGGAGCAGGUGAUGAGGAGCAGGGAGAGUCUGGGAGGAGACCAGGAGGUGGAGCAGGUGACGAGGAGCUGGGAGAGUCUGGGAAGACACCAGGAGGUGGAGCAGGUGACGAGGAGCAGGGAGAGUCUGGGAGGACACCAGGAGGUGGAGCAGAUGAUGAGGAGCAGGGAGAGUCUGGGAGGAGACCAGGAGGUGGAGCAGGUGACGAGGAGCUGGGAGAGUCUGGGAGGACACCAGGAGGUGGAGCAGGUGACGAGGAGCAGGGAGAGUCUGGGAGGACACCAGGAGGUGGAGCAGGUGAAGGAGGACGACGUGUCUGAGCUCCUGACGCUCCAGAAGAAGGUGAAGGAGAAGAUGGAGCAGAGCGAGUGGAUCCUGGGUCUGAGCAGCAGCUUCCACCUCAGAGCUCAGCAGCUGGAGGCGCUGCUUCUCUCUGACUCUGCUGGUUCCCUUAAGAAACAGCAACUGAUCAAGAGUCUGUUCACAACAGCUGCUGCACUGAAGACCAACAUCUGUACUGCUGCUGCCCAGUGUGACUGGGCGGGAUUCAAGCUUCAGCAGCUGGAACUUCGUUUUCUCUCUCUCGACUCGCUCUGCGUCUCGUGGCUGAACCAACCCCCCCGCCGGGAGGAGGAGCUUCACAGGGAGCAUGUGACCCGGCAGAUCAACGAUGACAUCACCCAGCUCCGGGAUUCCUUCAAGGAGUUGAAGAAACGGUUCAACAACCUGAAGUUUAACUUCCUGAAGAGAAACGACAGGAGCAGGAGCAUGAAGGCUGUCAGGAACCAGCUGCAGCAGGUGGAGCUGUAUGAGGACAAGCUGCAGUCUCUGCUCCGGAAACACCUGCAGGGCGUGAGGGCCCAGCUGGGGUCAGAGGGCGUGGCACGGGAGGUGGAGGACGCCGUCAAUGAGCUGCAGAGACAGAUGGGAGAGUUUGAGAGAAGUGUGAGUGAACAUCGCAAAACGCUGGACAUGACAUGCACACUGCAACAAGCCAUGGAGAAGUAUCAGUUCUGGUGUGAGGAGGCGAGUGCGACCAUCACUCGCGUGCAGAUGCUUUCCUCAGACUGUCGCAGCACAGAGGCCGUCACCGUUCUCCAUCGACAGUUUGAGAAGUUCGUGUGGCCGACGGUUGCUCAGCAGGAAGAGAGGAUCAGUCAGAUCAGUGACCUCGCGGUCAGGCUGCACGGGGUGGAGGAGGGGCGACUCUACAUCGAGAGGACGCUCAGCAAACACUCAACGAUGGUGGCAUCCAUCAGAAAGCUGAGUGAUGGACUGAUGGAGCUGGAGGCCACACUGAAGCUGAAACAGCUGAAACCUGAAAAACAGCAGCAGAAGAACGGAGAGAAAGAAAUAAAAGAGGAAGAGAAGGAGUGGACGAGACAGAAUGAAAAGCAAGAACAAGCGACAGAAAAGAAGACGAGGGAAAACAGGAAGAUCGAAAUGAAGGAGCAGGCGGAUAACUACCGCUCGCAGGAAGCUGCUGAUGGUUGCGAGCUGAAGGAGACAGGCCACACCCCCGAUCUGACCGGCGAGCAUGAUGGGAAGGAGGUUCCUGUGAAGAGGCAGACUGCAGCCAAUAGGAAGCCUCCGUUACAGAAGAGCGACAAUCAGGAGGCAGACAGACAGACGGUCACUACAGAGAUCAGCCACAGGGAGCAGUCAGGCUCCUCCUCCUUCUGCUCCACCCACUCCUUCAGCCUGUCCUGCUCCCCGGAGGAGGCCAGGCGACGGGUCGGCGCCAUCCUCAGCCAAUUACAGCCAAUCGCCACUGAGGCUCAGACCACGCCCCCUCAUCCUGUGAUUGGCCCAUCGCUCUCUGAUGUCCAGAGGGAGUGUCACAGGACGGAGGUGCAGGAUUCAUCAGACCUGUCAGAGGUGGAGCUCCAUCAACAGGAAGUGAUGACAGAAGACUCGCUGUCCAAUGAUGAAUACGAGUGUGUGUCUCCUGAUGAUAUCUCCCUGCCGCCGCUGGCAGACACGCCGGAGUCUGGCUUGGUUCAGUCAGACUUUGAGGAGGGCUUCUGUUUUAGUUCCCACAGCAGCCACAUCAACCAGCACAGCCUCCAUCACCAGGCCCAGUCUGAGCAGAGUGGUGUAGUCCGACAGCAGAGAGGGUCUAGUCAGACUGAGGGUUAUCCACCUCCUCCGACCAAUCACAGCAACCCCAGGCUCAGAUCAGAGUCCAGCUCAUUUGUCCAGAGUCCAUUGACAGUUCCUGAUCCAGGCUUCCUCACUAUCAUGCAAACUGAGGAGACCAGUGUGGAUUACCUCCACGGCAGCACUGAAGCACAAUUCAUCUCCAGAUCCAACCAAGUCCAAGAGAGCAGAACUACCGACACUGAUGUCCCUGAGAGGAGGAGCCCCUCAGAAACUGAGCCAUUAUUAAAUGACCUCAACAGUCAGUUGAACCAGCCUCAGCAAUGCACAGGUACGCAGAGUAAUGGCAACCAAAAGGUCACAUCCAAAAGUAAGACCUUGCCACAGACUGAUCACAUUGCACAUCCUACAGAAAUCGAUCAGAUCCCCACCCUUCAGUCCAGCUGUCCUCAGCCCUUCAAUGGUCCAGACACUGAUAUCAAAAAGGACACGACCUGUCCACAAGACACUGGGUUCCUCAAUUGUAGAACAUUUCCUCAAGUCACAACUAUUUGCCAGGACAACCGUUUUACACAGUCCUUUCCUAACUCUGGAAUUUGUUUAGAUCAGGAUACAAAUUCCUCCCAAACCAGAAGGGAAACCUCCUUGGUCUCCACACCUCAAAGUAACAGUCUCACCAGUACAGUUACCAAGCAGAAUGUUUUUUUCAAAUUCUCCCCUUUAGACCCUUUUCCACCGGCGAGAGGCAGCCACAGUUCACCCCACAAAAGCUCCUUAUCACAGAAUAAGACUUUGUCAAAAAACAAUCUGAUCCCACGUACCAGAGGAUCAACUCAAAGCAACGACAGAACCCUUCCAGCAGCCUUUAGAACAUGCUCACAAACCAGCACAAGCCUCCUGCAACACGGCAAUCCUCCUCAGUCUUUCCCAGAUUCUAGGAGUGGCCUUGAUCAGAGUAAACCUUCUACUCAACCCAGCAAGGAACCAUCCUCAGUGAAGAUGCCCCAGAGCAGUAGCCUGACCACAACCACUACCGUCACCCAACAAUCCGUUCACUACCAGUCCUCCUCUAAAGAAGGGGAAAGCCAUGUGCCACCGGCUGGCAUCACUCUCAGGUUGAAGCAGGACGAUCCACCUGAUGUCCAUGUUCCCACUGUACCAGAGCCAGACAGUGUGAACAACAUCACAAUAUCCAGCAGUAAUAGAUUCAGCAACAAGCAGAGCCACCACACCGUCUACUCCAUCCAUGAGUCCUCGAAGCAGUGUGUGCAUGACCCUGGCAUGAGCCCCAGCAGCGCUGCCAAGCCCACUGCUCCUCCUCAGCCUCAGACCAAAGCUCAGCAGGCUAACCCGCAUGUCACACCCCCUUCUUCUCCAUCUCAUCUACUAACUUCCGACCAAGACCCAGACAUUUGUCAGCCCAUGGCCAUCCGGGAGGAGAUCAGGCUCACUCCUCAGAUCCAAGGGCCUCCCCUUCCUGCUCCUUCUCCUCCCCAGACCCAGGCAGGGUCUCUUCCUCAGGGAAAAGCCUCUAAACCGGGCCCUCCCUGCUUCACCAGGCCCCUGUCGAGAGCUACCGUUAAAGAGGGCUCUCCAGUGACGCUCGAGGUGGAGGUGACAGGACAGGAACCCACACUCACCUGGUCUGAAGAUGGAGACGCCAGCCCAGGCCGAGCGCUGCUCCAUGACGAUGGGAGACACUUCCUGUUCAUCCCUGAUGUGUCGGACUCAGACGGCGGGUUGCAGGACGCUGUCCAACAUCCGGACUCGCAGCAGACAGCUGGUGAUAAGUGGCUGGUGGCCGAAGUGUUUGACCUCAUCAGGGUUGACUGGCAGACGUGGUUUGGGACACUGUGUGUUCUCCUGUGGCUGCUCUACCUGAUCCUGCUCUGAUACUGUUUCUGCUUUUUAAUGUGGGAACAUUGACUUUUACAUUUGAAAACUCACACAGACACAAACACACUGUUCAAUCCAGGGUUGUACAGUCUGUACACCACAAAGAAACACAUCAUUUAUAUUUACUUGAAAGUUUAGAAACACAUUAUUCAAUUUUUUUUUCAUGGUAUUAAACGAUCACAUCAAUAAGCGUUUUAUUUAAACAUUAUGAGAUAGAAUCUCUGUCCUUAACCCUCAACAAGAGUAAGGAAAAAUAGAAGUAUAAUGUUAGUUCCUUAAUGAGAUUAGUCAUUAAAUUCACAAUUCAGAGUUUGACCCUAAUUAUUUUAAGAUAAACAAAUAUAUGUGUUUCACUUAAACGGUAAGAAAAUGUUAUUAGUGACAAAGUUGGGG